ACAUUGUGAAAUUGGACACCUCAAAGUUUCUUCCCAACCUUCCCAGUCAGGCCGCCCCUUCCACUUCUGGUUCCAAAAGUCGCUAAAGCUCAUGUGUGAUUAUUAGAGUGCAGAUUUUAACUUGUCUUUUUAUUUAUUUUGGGAUACCGAAAUCGUUCCCUAAAACUUGUUGGACUGAGGGAGCUUAUAAAGGUUUGGCUUCAAACAAACAGGGCCACGGGAAGGAUCUCGCGAGCGGGCGGGGCGGCGGGAAAUGUAAGAUGGGGAGGGGGGUUUCCUCAUAGAGGAGGAAUGAUUAACAAAUAAGACGCGAUUAAUUGAACUCUGUGCAUUUGUCCGCUUCGAUGUUCUGUGACUUUUGGACCGUGAUGGCAGUUUAUGUGUCAAGAUCAGCGUUGCGAUAAGGAGAGCUUGAAUUUAAGAUGCAGAGAUAUUAAAGAUGACCACUAAAAUACGUGAAGUUUCAUUUAAGCACAAAUGGCUUCAGUCUCAAAUGAGUUGCCUCACUGAUCAACACAUGGAAGAGGAGGUGGACGGCAGUGGGCAGGAAGAACAGAAUGCUGAUGACCCUGCCUGUCCUGGUGCCAGCCUUGUGGCACCGAAACAGCCUCAGCACCGCCAGGAGCCCUACACACAAGACCAGGACCUUCCCAUCAUGCACUGGGAGGACUUGAGUUUGCGAAUAGCCGAGCUUGAGAAACAGGAGGAAGAGAGGAGGAAAAAAGCUGAGUCCAUCGGUUUAACAGACCAAGAACCAGUGCCAGGACUCUGGCCUCAUGUAAAGCAUCAGUCGCUUAACAGAAAGCACUGGGAAGAUGCAGGUGAUUCUGGAGGACAUCGUUUUCCAUGCGUUACAUCUCGGUAUGUCAAUUUAAGGUUUAAUAGUCCUAAAAAACUACAGCUGUGUUUCAUCAACGACAGUGAGAGUGAUCAAGAGGGUGAUGAAGGACCGUCUUUCAGAGAGAGGACACAUGAGUCACAGGGACGGAGGCGACAAUCUGCUGGCCUGAAACAGGAAGUGAGAGCGGCUCUGAGUGAGCUCCGAGAUAAGCUUUGGGCUGAACAGAGGCAGCAACAGCUGAACCGCAAGGAGGAGAGCUUUAGGAGAAGAAAGCUUAGCCGCAGCGACCUUCAAACCUGCUCUGUCCUUCAGCUAAAUGCCCUUAAGACUUCCCUACACGAAGACAUUCAGGGCCUGAGCUCGGAAUUAGUGAAGCAUCUCGUGGUGAGGGACAAUCUACGGACAAAGCAAGAUGCCAUGCUCCUGGAAGUACAGGAUAUGACAUCACCGUGACUUACAUCAAGCUAUAAUUAGCCUAUAUUAUUAAAUAUGUAUAUUUUUUUGUUCUACUUUACACUAACAAAGCCAUAUGUUCCUGUUUGUCUUGAUUUGAUUUUCUUUCUUUUUUUUUAGCUCACACAAAUAUUGCUUACUAUGUGAAUGUAAUUAUUUCAGUCACAAGUUUUAUUGUGAGAAACUGUAUGUGUGUGAAGAGUAGCUAAACAAGCACGUUCUUCAUCUUUUAUACACUAUAUUGGCAGUGGGUUUUGGGACGUCUGCCUUUACAUGCACAUGAAUGUAAUAUGGAGUUGUCCCGCCCUUUGCAGCUAUAACAGCUUCAACUCUUCUAGGAAGGCUUUCCACAAGGUUUAGGAGUGUGUUUAUGUUUAGGAAUUUUUGACCAUUCCUCUAGAAGCACAUUUGUGAGGUCAGGCACUGAUGUUGGACAAGAAGGUCUGGCUCUCAGUCUCCGCCCUAAUUCAUCCCAAAGGUGUUCUAUGGGGUUGAGGUCAGGACUCUGUGCAGGCCAGUCCAGUUCCUCCACACCAAACUCACUCAUCCAUGUCAUUAUGGACCUUGCUUUGGUCACUGGUGUGCAGUCAUGUUGGAACAGGAAGGGGUCAUCCCCAAACUGUUCCCACAAAGUUGAAAGGAUGAAAUUGUCCAAAAUGUCUUGGUAUGAAGCUGAAGCAUUAAGAGUUCCUUUCACUGGAACUAAGGGGCCGAACCCAACACCUGAAUUCAAUGAUUUGCAGGGGUGUCCCAAAACUUUUGGUAAUAUAGUGAAUUACCAUUCAUACAAACUGUGAAAGCUGCUAUUAAAUGUAUGUGAUCAGUAACUGCUUUACGGGGAAAAAAAUAUCAAAUGCAUGUAAUGUACUAUAGCAUCUACUGAAUAUGAGGCCUCUCAUUGUAAAAACUAACACAAACUUUAAGUAUUUUUCUUAAAGAUUGAUAAGUAAUAUAACUGAAUAAAUCUGUAAUGUUUACCUAA